AUGGAGUUUACUGCUGUUUUCUAUCCAGUGAUGCUUGUGUUCAUUCUUCUGGGUGCACAUAUUCAGAACAGCGAUGCAACGUUUCGUAUCGUUUCAAACAGUCUGCAGUUCCUUCAGUACGAGACGGUGUAUUUGACCUGCGAGGGUCUGGAUGGCUCCACUCAGCUGAGAGGGGUCAGGAACACGGCACGCUUCAUUUCAGCCGGUGAUACUAAGACGCCAACAGCAUCUUUUACCAUUCAUAGAGCCUAUCCAGCAGACGGUGGAGAGUACUGGUGUGAGACUGAAGGAGGAGAGAGGAGCGACAGUGUUACCAUCUCUGUCACUACUGGUUCAGUGAUCCUGGAGAGUCCUGUCCUCCCUGUGACGGAGGGAAACGAUGUGACUCUGAGCUGCAGGAACAAGACGACUUCCUCCAACCUCACAGCUGAUUUCUAUAAAGACGGCCUCCUCAUCAGGAGCAGCUCUACAGGAGAGAUGACCAUCCACAGCGUCUCCUGGUCUGAUGAAGGACUCUACAAGUGUGACAUCUCUGGAGCUGGAGGAUCACCAGAGAGCCGGUUAGCACUUCACAGAGAGACGUGUCCCUCCUCAGACCACUUCAUACAUGUGGUCCUGGUCUUGAGGACUGUGUCCACCAUAGUGAUGGUGGCUCUGCUGCUGCUGCUGGUGGGACUACUGCAUUGUGGGAAACUCAGAGUCAAGCAGAAAUAACUGGUCCUCAUGUUUACAGGUCAAAGGUCGUUUG